AUGGAUAAUGCGGAAGAAUUUCAUCAGUUAAAUCUCGAUCAAAGGAUUUUAAAAGCUAUUGCUGAUUUGAACUGGAAAAAACCAACAGAUAUUCAACAGGCUGUAAUACCCCUAAUAUUUGCUAAAAAGAGCAUUAUUGUCCAUGCAAAGACUGGCUCUGGGAAAACAGCAGCCUUUGCUAUACCGAUUCUACAUGAGUUAUUGCAGGAAAAACAGUUUGCUGCAUGUCAAGCUACUUUUGUUGUCAUCCUUACACCAACAAAGGAGUUAUGCUCACAAGUUGCUAACAAUAUCAGAAGCCUUUGCAAAUAUGCUGCUAAGAGCAUUUCAUCAUUAGAUAUAUCUCAGUCGCACGACAUCGACCAAAUAAAGCCUCUUAUUCUCGAAAAUCCAGACAUCAUAAUUGGGACACCAUCCCGGUUGAUGCAAGUCUUACGUUCGGGUUUUUUGUCGCUGAAGGACCUACGUUGCGUUGUCGUAGAUGAAGCUGACCUUAUCUUUACAUUUGGUUAUGAAGCUGAGAUUCGUGAUCUGAAAUCAUAUCUACCCCAAAACAUCCAAGCUAUUCUAAUGUCCGCAACUCUGGAGGAUACAUCAAAGGUUAUAAGAAGAUAUCUAGUGAAGAAAGCUGACUGGGUACGUGUUGAGCUGCCUGAUGAGUCUUUCCUACCUGGAGACAAUCAGCUUACACAGUAUAUAAUUAGCGCUGAAGAUGAGGAUAAAUACGCCAUACUAAUUGCCUUGUUCAAACUGAGAAUAGUUCGUGGCAAAACAUUAAUCUUUACAAAUUCUGUAGACCGAUGUUAUAAACUUCGAUUGUUUCUAGAAGAGUUUGGAAUUAGAGCAGCCUUGUUAAAUUCAGAAUUACCUGUCAAAUCACGAUCUCAUGUAAUUGAUCAGUUUAACCGAGGAUUGUACGAUUAUUUACUGGCUACUGAUGAAUCACAAGCAGAUCAUGUUACAGCGGCGAAUACUGAAGGGGGUGGGGGUAGUGGCAAAGGCUCUAAGAAACUAAAACAUCGUGAUGCUGAAUAUGGUGUCUCAAGAGGAAUAGACUUUCAAAUGGUUAGUAAUGUGAUCAACUUUGAUUUCCCACCAACACCUACGCUUUACGUGCAUCGUGUUGGUAGGACGGCUCGAGCUGAUCAAAUGGGAACAGCCUUAUCAUUUGUUAGUAAGACAGAAGAGAGUCUUUUAGCUGAAGUUGAAGCCUUAUUGAAUCCUGCUGGUGCUGCAGCAGCAGUGAAACCAGGUGCAGUUGGGGAUAAAAAUGUUGUUGCCUCUGUCUUCAGACCUUACCAGUUCCGUCUUUCUGAAGUUGAUGGUUUCAGAUACAGAGCUGCUGAUGUAAUACGUCAUAUUACUCGUAAAGUUGUCAGAGAAGCACGCUUAAAAGAGAUUAAAAUUGAACUGUUGAAUUCAGAACGAUUGAAAGGCUACUUUCAAGAUCAUAUACCAGAUUUAGAAGCACUUCGUCAUGAUAAACCACUUAAGCAUGUAGCUCAACCACAUCUGAAAGAUGUACCAGACUAUUUAGUUCCCCAGUCUUUGAGAGCUCUUAUGCCAGGAAGUUCCCAUGGUCGUAAAAGUAGUAUGAGGUGGAAAAAAAGAAACCUGCAUACAGACGGAGAUGAAAAACCUACAGCUACAGACCUGAAAAAACGUCUUCAGGUGAAACAUAAGCAGGCUAAAAAGCGUAAGUCUCAAAAUCCUCUAUUUUCAUUUGGACGAAAAAAAUCUAAAGCAGCUUAA